AUGUACGUCGACAUCGUCACUGGGACGGGAUUAGCUCGAGGGGUUAUGGUCAGCGAUCGGUUGAAAUCCCGGGAUCCACCAAAGGCGAAUUGUUCUGUCGCGGUCGAAGUGGAUGCGGAAGGAUUCAGGAAGCAUUUCAUGGGCUUGAUAGACAGGUUGUAGAGGUUGAUUUGGUUACAUUUUGGAAGAAGAGAGGAUCGGAUCGGAUCAGGCUCUAACGUCAAGAGGCUCCGGAGCGAGGCUCAGCACAGCCAUUACAAUGGAGCGCCAAAGGAUGCUAUGGAUUGGGCGGGACCCAACUUGCAAAUCAUGAGCGAUCGGCGCGGAUCAAAAGGUGUACGAGAACGUCUGAACAUACAUUCCAUGAAACGAAUACAAAGUCAUUCGCCGGUCCUUCCUUUGUUCCUCGGCGAGGAGGGGACCAUCGACCUGUGCUUCACCUGUUCCUUGGCCGCACACGAUCUGGUGCUGAGUCCAAGUCUUGCAUCUAUCUCCUGUGACUCAGCGCACUUAGGUCCACCAAGUCGCAUACCGAGCCAGGAGCAUAUCUGGCCCCUCCUUUCCCAAGGUUUCGUUCGUUUGUUCACCCUGUCCCACCAUGAGCCUAGCCAUCACCAUUCUCCUCCUCGUUUCCAGCUUGUCUCUCCCCAUCACCUGCACACAGAUCUGGAUCAAGGGCCUCAUCAGUCCGAACGGUCCCACUUCAGCUGUAUGUACAGAUGGCGAUCCUCUUCCCGAUCCACUCUGCGCACAUGGCAAUCCUGGCUUCUACCUCGACACGGACAAGAAGGGAUGUGUCGAUCGAGAUUUGACGGUCUACCUUUUGGACGACCUCAAGCCUUCUUCCGGCAAGACGUCAUGUAAUGUGAAAGGGUGUAUCGAGGACGAUGUGGAUCAUUUGACCUUUUAUUUUCGAAGUACGUCGGAUUACCUGUACCCUUGUGGAUCGAAUCAUGGUGUGACCAUCACCUGCUCCAAUCCGUUUGCUGCUUGUUUGGACGCUGUACCGAAGGCUGUGUAUUCUGGGUAGGACGAGUAAGGUGGACAAGCCG